UCCCGCGUCUUCUUUUUGCUUAGAGAAAUUAUCAAUUAUCUCAGACAGCAUACAUGCCUAAAAUACAUUCUGAAAUAACAGAAUGUCCUACAAAAGUCUUCACGAUAUCCUUUGGAUGUCUUUUGAUAUGCAUGCUGUGUGCUGUUAGGAUAUUAUGAUAGUGAAGAAUAUUUUCUUAAUUCAGAAAAUUGUUCUCAUUUACCUUCUAUUCGCCGCUUUUGGCGUAGCCUCUUAUUUCCUUAAUUAAUUCCUCUGCAGCCCACGAUCGUCUCGCAGAGAUGAUAAUGGGCGUUGUUUUGCGUGAUUUUCAGGUCCGCGUCACAAAUAUAGUCUCCGUGUUCCGUGUGUCGCACUUUUGUAUCACUUGUAUCUUGUAUCACUUCGUUCAAUUUAACAAAUAAUCCGAAAUUCUUCGUGGUUUUCACUUUUUAUUACACUUUUCACCAUAAAUUUCGUCCUCGCUGGCUUACCUAACCUAUACUCUGUACCGAAACCGCCGAACGAAUAUUGCUCAACCUGAACCGUGUGAUUACGAAAAGAUCGAUUCUUGAAUCGAUUCUCUCAAGCCGGCUAAGAGCCAAUAAGGCUGUGUUUCUUUUGGACGCUCAUGCGCUGAAAGCAUCUCUAUCUUUGUUGUUCAUCAUACAUCAAAAAAGAAUAGAAUGAUGCUUUCAGCGCGUGAGCGGUCGAAAGGAAUGCAGCCAAGACUGACACCGACUCGCGGCAAAAUCAGCUGUGUUUAUUAGAUUUAUUGUGUUUGUUGUCGAUCGAUCACGGAAUGUGUUAUGCAAAACAAGAUAAAUUAAAAAUUGAUAUAUAUGGCUAAUUACAAUAAAAAACGAUACUUGGCUUACUUAUGGGCAGACGGUAUUCCAAUGCCCAAAAGAACUCGAGAUCGUCGGCAAAGAAAUGAUGAUAAUGAAACGAAUGAUAAUAUUGAUGAUCAACAUGCAGAAGAUCAAUUGCGUAUUAAUAAUAAUGAAAUAAUGAAUCAAGAGCAAGCCGAUAUGUAUGAUGAUGACAAUUGUGAACUACGAGCUAACCAAUUCGAUAACUUUAAUGUUGAUGAUGAUAAUAAUGGUUACGACGAUGACAAUGAUCGAGAGAAUUUGGCAGAUAAUGAUUAUUAUCGAUUAUCAUUGGACAGUGAUGAUGAUAUUAGCGUCACAAGUGAACAGGCAAUAAAUGAAAUCAUUCAGGAAAAUGAAGCUGAUUCUCAUCAGCUUGCAGAAAAUAAUCGUUUUGAUGACGAGAUUCAUGAUGAUAAUGUCGAUAAUAAUGAUGAUGAGGGGCAACAGAAAUUGUAUUGCGGAGCACGGAUCACGAAGCGUGAAAGCGAAUUUCUUAUCAUGUCUUUUUUUUUAAGAUAUUCUCUUCCAGAUAGAAGUUGGAAAAACUUUUUAAAAUUAAUUGAUUGCCAUUUGCCAGAGUCAAAGUAUUCUACGAAAUAUCGGUUUUUCAAAAGAUUUCCAAAAACAAAAGACUUUGAUAAGCAUUAUUAUUGCGCAAUAUGUGAAGACUAUUUGGAGAUUCCAAAUAAUAAUGAACAAGUAUUGUGCACAUGUGGAGCUGUAAAUAAUAAAAAAGAACUAGAGAAGAACGAAAAAUUUUUCCUUGCAGGCAAAAUAUCUGAAAAAUUGAAAGAUAUUUUAACUGAUAAAAACGUCGUUAGUCAUCUUCGCAAAAGUGAAGCUAGUGGAGUAACGUCAGGCAGAAUAUAUAAAACGCUGCAAAGAAACGGAGUAAUUGGAGAAAAUGACAUAACUCUGCAGUUCAAUACCGACGCUGGACUUUGGGUUGGUGACGGUUCACCUCGAAUGGAUGUGUAUUUCAAGCCCUUUAUAAAAGAGAUAACACAAUUACACGAAGAGGGAAUUAUGUGUCCUAUUCUU